CCUCCCCUCUCCUCUCUCUAUCUAUCCCCUCUCCCUCCUCGCGACCUCGCCUCCGCUCGACCUCCGGUACCAGAAGUUUUUUUUUUCCGCGACGGUAUCCGGCGGCGACGAAGCGGCGCCUCCUCCUCCAGAUCUAGGGUUCCGUGCCCCGGCCUGUUCUCCCCUUCCUUCUCGAAGCUUCGACUUCGUCAGCAGCUGGGCCGAGUGAACCUGCGCCAUGAGGGCCACCGGGGAGCACACCGCGGCCGUCCCCAUCCCCGCGCCGCCACCGAUGCCGCAGGCGCCGGGGGCCGUGGCGGAGGACGCCGCCGAGAAGGAGAGGAGGAGGCGCCGCCGCGCGCCGCGGCGGCCCAAGCAGGCGGGCGCCGCGCAGCAGGAGGAGUCGGCAGCGGGGCCGAGGCCGUCCAGAUCGAUGCCGCCCAUGCGCGAGGGCGCUCCGUUGGAUGCUGAGGCGGAGGAGGAGGACGCGUGGACGUGCCGGUCCUGCCCCCUGGUGCCCACGCCAGGCCCCGUGGAGCCGCCCGUGAUGGGGAUAGGACUUGGAGCUGCUGGGAGGCUGUUCUUCCAGUCCCACUGGCCCGAACAGGCCGUGGAGGAGGCGAUCAAGGGAGGGAAUGCAUUCAUGGCAAAGUUCCGCGUGAAUGCACACAACCGAAAUGAGGCGUACUGCACGAUUGAGGGCAUACCAGUGGAUGUUCUCAUUACAGGGGUGGCUCAAAACCGAGCGAUUGAAGGUGAUCUUGUUGCUAUUGCACUUGAACCUGUUGCUUACUGGACUAGAAUGAAAGGACCAAACAUUGUGUGCAAUCCUGCUAUAGGAGAGGGUUCUGCUGUUGAUGAAGUUGGUGAAACUAAUGGGAAUCAUGAUGGGAAGAAAGGUCAGACAGAUGCCAGCUGCAGGUUUGGAAAUUGCAGCAAUGGCCAACCUGUUUUGGACAGGAUGCAUAACCGUCACAAGAACAGUGGUUUUAGUAAAGCUGUUAAGUGUGAAAAUGGUCAUGCUACUGUCUCAGAAAAUUGUGAGGACUUGGGUGAAGGAAAAACUGAGGCUUCUAGAGCGUUACAUAGGAUCUGUGCUAUGGUAUACUCUAACCCUAGCAGACGUCCUACUGGAAAAGUAUUGUCUGUCAUAAAGAAGUCUCCUCGACGGGACACUGUUGUAGGUUUUCUUGCUCCUUUCUCAGUGUUUCCUGAUUCAGAGCAGCAGAAAAAUCAGAUGAAUAUGCAGGUUUCAAAGAGUACGAACCAUAGAGGAUCAUCAUAUUUUUCGGGAUUGGUUCUUCUCUUGCCAACUGAUCCAAAAUUCCCUCGUAUGGUUGUUAGUGCUAAUGCUUUGCCAGAUAGUGUCAUAAAACAAUUGGAAGAAGGUGCUGCAGCUAAAGAAUUAGUUGCUGCACGAAUUUCUGAAUGGAAUGAGGAAAGUCUCUAUCCCUGUGCUCAGGUCAUACAGCUGUUGGGGAAGGGUGGACAAGUCAAAACACACAUGGAUGCUAUACUUUUUGAGAAUUCAAUAUCUGAUGCUGAAUUCUCUCAUGAGUCCAUGGAAUGCCUUCCUGACAUUUCCUGGAAAAUUCCUCAGGAAGAACUUGAAGGGAGAAAAGAUCUGAGAAAUGUCUUGACCUUUACAAUUGACCCCCCUACUGCAACUGAUCUUGACGAUGCGAUAUCUAUUGAGAUGCUUUCAGGAGGAAUUGUACGGAUUGGGGUGCAUAUUGCAGAUGUCUCUUACUUUGUUCAUCCUGAGACUGCACUGGAUGCUGAAGCUCAGAUCCGAUCUACUAGUGUUUACACCUUACGGCGCAAAAUAUCAAUGUUGCCUUCAAGACUUUCAGAAGAUCUGGUUUCACUUAAUCCAGGGGUAGACAGGCUUGCCUUUUCAAUUAUUUGGGACAUCGAUCCUCAUGGGAACAUAGUUAAUCGUUGGAUUGGUCGAAGUGUUAUUUUUUCAUGCUGCAAGCUAUCAUAUGAUCUUGUGCAGGAUUUGAUUUAUAGUGACGGGACUAAGUUUAGAUCAGCUUCUUCUCUCCAAGUACAUGGCAUAUUUAAACAAGAGGAUGUUAUCAAAUCCCUUAGGUGCCUAUAUGAGAUCUCAAAGAAUCUGAAGGAGAUUAGAUUUAAGGGUGGAGCUUUAUCUCUUGAAACUGCAAAGCUUAUGAUCCUUUUUGAUGACAGUGGAGAUCCAUGCGAUAGUUGUCGCUAUGAGAGGAAUGAUGCUUGUUUCAUUGUUGAGGAGUUAAUGUUGUUAGCAAAUAUGUCAGCUGCGGAAAUUAUAUCCAAUUCAUUCCCAAACUGUUCGUUACUUCGUAGGCACCCUGAACCGAAUUUACGGAAGUCCAGAGAGUUUGAGGCAUUUUGUGCUAGGAAUGGUUUUGAAUUGGAUGGUUCAUCAUCUGGUCAACUUCACCUUUCACUUUCUAGAAUGAAGGAAAAGUUAAAAGAAGAUCCUGUUUUGUUUGAUAUUCUCAUGUUUUAUGCUUCGAAGCAAAUGCAAUCAGCAGAAUAUUUUUGCACUGCGGGCCUGAUAAGCAAGAGGGAUGAUUGGGCUCACUAUGCGUUAUCCGUCCCUUUAUAUACACAUUUCACAUCACCACUUCGAAGAUAUCCUGAUAUAAUUGUUCACAGAACACUGAAUGCAGUAAUUGAGGCUGAAAAGAUGUAUCUGAAACAAAGAAGAUCUCUUACAGGUCAAAAUGGACUCAGCACCACAUCUCGUGAGAUGAUGCGUGGAUGCUUUACAGGCCUCCAGUUUAAUAAGGAUGCUGCUGAAUCCAAAGAAGGGAGUGAAGCAUUGUCUGCUGCUGCUAAGAAGUUUAAGGUCCCUUCCUCUGAUAAUCUUGGAGAGGUUGCUGAACAUUGCAACAAACGAAAGUGGGCCAGUCGUCGUGCAGAAGAAGCUGGUCAGAAGCUGUACAUGUGGGCUAUGAUAAAGAGGAAAGAGGUCCUGGUUGCCCAUGCUAGAGUUCUGGGGCUUGGACCAAAGUUCAUGUCAGUUUAUGUGCCCAAACUAGCGAUGGAACAGAGGAUACAUUAUGACGAAGUUGAGGGCCUAUCCAUCGAGUGGUUGGAAGCUACUGGAACCUUGGUCCUUGAUGCAUGCAGGAACAGGCCUCCUCGAAGGAGGGGAAAUCAGGUGAAGUACAGAGCAUUUGAGGAAGUUGCCAUGGUGGUUAACCCAUCUGAAGCGAUGUUAUCUGAAGAAGAUGAGGAAUCUGGAGCAACAGAAGCUGGUUGUGACAUUGCCAAGUCAGUUUUGCCGAGUGAUGAAGCAGUGAAAGCUCAAGUUGCCCCGGCCGUCCUGCCUCUGGUGGUACAAUACUUGAGUGAAAUUCCUGUGGUUCUGCAUGCAAUUGGCGGUGAGGACUCUGCAGUGGACAUUGGAGUAAGACUAUACAUGUCAUCAUAUUUCAAGUGAUAGGAAAUAAGCAUUAAGACAUAAACCAAUUGGCGAGUUUUAACAUUUUCUUUGGUGAACAACAGUAAUAAAAAAGAUGACAGAAGAGUAGCAUUUAUAAGUUUCUUUCAGGGUUCAGCAAGCAAAUAUCAACUUAGUGUUGUAGAUGUUCCAUUCAUGUGUAGCUACAUUUCUCCAUUAUCCUGUUUACCUCCGUUUGACGUCAAAGGUUCUCGCGGUCAAGUAGCCUUCGUUUUUAUUUCCGGGCCGCUUGACCAAGCCCGAGAUUUAACUUUGUCAGGAGUGACUCUGUCGGUCAUGUAUUCAUCAGUUGUGUGCUUGUGUAUGUAGCCACCUGCAUUAUUUUUACUGGUGAACUCAUACACAUGUUUGUCAUGUUGCUUUGUUACUUAAUAAAGAAAAAGUAUUGAAGGUUCAUU